UUCUUAUUAACAAAAAAAUAGAUGAUGUUGUUGUAACAGAAAUAUACUUUUCGGCAAUUCUUCUUAUUGUCUUAUUGAUGAAUACUUUUCUUUAUUGUGGCGCAGGAGAGCUUGUAACGGAGCAAUGCAAUGCAAUACAUCGUGCUCUAUGCGAUCUUGAAUGGUAUAAAUUGGAAUCAAGAAAGGCAAGAAGUCUUAUUUUGUUAAUGAUACGAACCCAGCAUCCUUUUCGUAUCACUGCAGGAAAAAUUAUUCCUUUAACACUGGCUACGUUUUGCAGUGUGUUAAAAACAUCGUGUGGCUAUAUAUCGUUUUUAAUAACAAAACAUGAUUGAAGAUCAUGAUAAA